AUGUCGGCUGCUCUUCCCCAACCCAGUGCGGUACCGCAGCCGCUGUUCCGCGCUGUGGCCAGCUCGACGAGACCGCUCUACCAGUUGCUGAGGACCAUCAGCUUCUCCAACAAGGUCCAUGUUCAACUCCAGGAAGAUGGCAUCAGGUUUGCUGCCGAUCUGUCUAGGGUUAUGCAAGGUACUGCCUUCCUCGACAAGAAACUAUUUACGUCCUACUCUCUGAAUCUUGCGGAGGACGAGCCAUUGCCUAACUUUCAAAUCACACUUCCAGCACUUCUCGAGACGCUUCAGAUUUUCGGCGCCGUGGACAUUGCGACGCGCACGCAAAAGGCCGAGCAGGACCCGUACCGUAGUAAUCUCCGCAAUUACCGACCAGAUGCGUUUAGUAACCAGACUCUUGGAAUUGGCGGGACUUGCAGCCUGGUAUAUACCGAAGAGGGCGGCCAAUUCAACAUUAUCAUCGAGGAAAGCGGGGUCAAGACUACCGCCAGCCUCACAACCUAUCUGCCGGAAAUCCCAGAGGAGAUACCCUUUGACCGGGAAAACCUGUCUUUCAAAAUCAUCAUGCAGGCGCGCUACCUUCUUGACGCCUUGGCCGAGCUUGCACCCACCGGCCCCAGCCGCCUAACCAUAUCAGCCUCGAAGAAUCAACCCUACCUUUCCCUUUCCGGUGCUGGCGACCUGGGGUCGUCCAGCGUGGACUUUGCCAAAGGCCGCGAGCUACUGGAGACCUUUUCAAUCCAGGAUCGAUGGACCCAGACUUACAAAUUCGAUCUGAUCAAGUCUUCGAGCGAGGCGAUGCGAAUUGCUAGCAAAAUUAGCUUCCGCGGCGAUGCCCAAGGCGUUCUGAGCUUGCAAUUCAUGGUUGAGGUGGAGGGCGGCGGAGUCAGCUUUCUGGAUUUCCGAUUUGUGCCAUUCAUCACGCACGAGGACGAUGAGGACGAAGAGGGACAGGAUGAGGAUGAGUAA